UAACUUAAUCAACUUUUUAUGUUUUAUUUAAUUAUUUUGUCUAAUUCAUUAUUUAAUGAACAUGUUUGUCAACAUGUAGUUAAAGUCAGUGGGCGGGUCCUAACACCUGAUUGGUUAAUCGCCACUUCCGCUCAGCUGCGGAACCGAGAAACCCUUCAACCAGGAAGCGCAGGAGUACCGGUGGUUGAUAUCUUCGUCUAAAAGUGCGGUAAUAACUCCAAAAACGUCAGUAAAUGUAUUUAUUUUAACCACUCCACGUCCUGGGUUGGCAAGUCCCACUUUCUACAGUAGAAUAUUGACCACCAACUCUCGUAAAAGAACGAGUACAUCCGAUUUAGCAGUUUUGGGAAGUCCUCCGGGCUUUUCGGAGCACAGCAAUCAUUGGACAAGAUUUCCCUUAGCCCCGCCCCCUGACUUUGAUGGUGCGGGCCGGUACUAAUCGGUCCGGUGGUUGGGGACCACUGCCCUAAAGGGAAAAGUGAUGGUAGGGCUGUUGAGGGCGGAGACCCAGACUCUUUUUAACUGCCUCAGGGCCCUGACACCGUGCAGCAGCAGCCUGACGCACACAAUAGUUUGCCUGACUUGCGGCAGCUUUGACGACGACCAACACAACUACCAUGCUGACAUUUCUGUCUGGUCCAACCUGCAAAAACACCAAUUGUGUCCAAGGAAGUCCAACCCUGCGACAAAACUAACCAACAUCGAUUUCAAUCUUUUUAUUCGCUAAGGUGGAAAACGUUUCAAGAGCAACAGUAGCGAAUCAAAAUGACUGGCAAUAUGGAAGUGGCGGACAUCCUGGUCGUGGCCGGUUACUUCAUUGUCGUACUGGCGAUCGGCUUCUUGGCCAUGUGCAAGCCCAGUAGGAACACGGUGAAAGGUUACUUCCUGGCAGGCCGCUCCAUGAACUGGGCAGCCGUCGGGGCCUCUCUAUUUGUCAGCAACAUCGGGAGUGAACAUUUCAUUGGACUCGCCGGGUCAGGCGCUGCGAGUGGUCUCGGCGUGGCUGCGUGGGAAUUAAACGCCCUGUUGCUGCUCCAGUUGUCAGGCUGGAUCUUCGCACCUGUCUAUAUCUACUCAGGGGUCUUCACCAUGCCGGAAUACCUGUCUAAGCGCUUCGGUGGAAGGAGACUGAAGGUGUAUUUUGCUGUGUUAUCGCUCAUACUUUACCCCCUUACAAAGAUAUCUGUGGACCUCUAUGCCGGAGCCUUGUUCAUCCGGGAGUCUUUGGGAUGGAACCUGUAUUUGUCAAUCAUUCUGCUCAUCGCCUUGACGGCUUUGCUGACUGUCACCGGAGGACUUGUCGCGGUCAUCUACACAGACGUGCUUCAAGCUGCCCUCAUGGUCACUGGCGCUGUCUGCCUCAUGUGCAUCAGCUUUUACAAAGUGGGAGGAAUCGGAGGAAUGAUGACCAAGUAUAUGCAGGCUGCCCCGAACAUCACAGCCAUCUUGUUGUCUUCUCCCAACCUUACAUACUCGGAAUCCUGCCACCACUACCUCAACCCAAAGCCAGAUGCUCUAAAGAUCCUUCGAGGACCCAAGGAUCCAGAUCUACCAUGGCCUGGGUUCCUUCUGGGCCAGACUCCUGCUUCCAUAUGGUACUGGUGCACAGAUCAAGUGGUCAUGCAGCGGAUUCUUGCAGCAAAGAACAUAGCCCAUGCCAAAGGUUCGACCGUAAUGGCCGGCUUCCUGAAAAUCCUGCCCAUGUUUGUCAUUGUCAUACCAGGGAUGAUCUCCAGAAUCUACUUUGCCGAUGAGUUGGUGUGCAUCAGCCCGGAGCACUGCAUGGAAGUGUGCGGCUCCACAUCUGGCUGUACCAACGUGGCCUAUCCGCGGCUCGUCAUGGCCAUGAUGCCCGUCGGUCUCCGCGGCCUGAUGAUGGCCGUCAUGAUUGCAGCUCUCAUGAGUGAUUUGGAUUCCAUUUUCAACUCAGCAAGCACCAUCUUCACUUUGGAUAUUUACAAGAUGCUGCGGAAGCGUGCAUCUUCCAGGGAGCUGGUGAUUGUUGGCAAACUGUUCGUAGUCUUUAUGGUGAUCGUGAGCAUUGGCUGGGUGCCCGUUAUUAUCGAGAUGCAGGGAGGCCAGAUGUUCUACUAUACCCAGGAAAUAGCAAACUACUUGACUCCUCCCAUUGCAGCCGUCUUCUUACUCGGCGUCUUAUGGCACCGCUGUAAUGAAAAGGGUGCUUUUUGGGGUGGGGUGGUUGGCUUUGUCCUUGGACUGCUACGUCUGGUGUUGGCGUAUGUUUAUAGAGAGCCUCACUGCAGCCAACCAGAUGAGAGACCAGCAUUCAUCAAGGAUGUCCAUUUCAUGUAUGUGGCAGCCAUCCUGUUUUGGGUAACUGCUCUGGUGACUGCGGUUGUAAGUCUCUGCACGCCCUCACCCAGAACAGAGCAAAUCCGAACCACAACCUGGUGGGGCUUAAACCAGAGAAAGCUCGACCAGAAAGAAAAACCUGGAGAAGAAAUUAAUUUGAAGAAGGUUAAUGGCGAUGAAGAAGGUCCUCUUGUCCAAAAUGGUGGCCAGGUCGUAAUUCCUGAGCCUAAAAUGCGGGAAAAGGCAGAUUGCGAGUGGCAAGAGGAGGGCGGCUCUCGAGAAGCAGCAGGCGAGUGUAGCAACAAGCUUUUUCAAUGGUUCCUGGGAUUUCAGGAAACACCACCCACAGCUCAGGCCAUGACGGCGCAAGAUCACGAAAAGCUGGUGGAUGAGCUUCUCAAUGAAUCUCCUAAAACUAAAAUAAUCCUCAACGUGGGGAUGGUGACAAUUUGCUGCAUAGGGAUCUUCCUUUUGAUCUUUUUCUCCGUAUAGGUCAAAUUAGCAAUGCUCAAAUUCAGUCUCUUUUUCAUGACUCUUGAUUAGUUUUAGAACAAUCGAGUUGAUCUUAAUCUUGUGGAUUCAAAAUGACACCUGCUACCUCUUUUGAACCUAUAGAGACUUUUUUAUUAAGCCUAAAGUUAAGAUAUGCAGGAAUUGUAAUUAUAAUACACACUUUAUAGUGAGUAUAACUGCAGUGCCUUUUAGUUUUGUAUAUUUUGCAGGAAAUAUACUUACUUCUUCUUCUUUCUUUUUUUUUAUUAAUCAGUCCCAACACAAUAAUACACAAUAAUACCAUUACAAUUCCAAAACCAAAUCCGACCCAGCAACAUACAGAAUACCAAUCAACAGAGCAAUUGAGAGGACACACAAACAUGACACAAAACAAUCCAAAAGUAGUCAAACAAAAAUGCAUAAUAUCAAUAACAGUAUCAAUAUUAAUAAUAAUAAUUCCAACAUAGCAGUGAUUAGAAAUCCCUCAUUUACAUUAUCAUCACAGCCAUUUAUUAAAAAAAAUAAAAUAAAACCAUUUAAAAAAAGAACAAUAGUGUCACAGUGCCAUACACUUGCAGCACAUCUCAUAAGCAUGACAACACAUUGUGUCCAAUAUUUCAGGUUGUCCUGAAGAAUUUGGAGGUAAUCCUCCUUUUUAAUUGUCCCAUUUACUCUCUGUAAAGCACCAGUUCCAUUUGCAGCAAAACAGGCCCAGAGCAUAAUACUACCACCACCAUGCUUUUCUCCUCCAAAUAUAUUGAUGGGUUUUGUGGCCAAACAGCUCAAUUUUUGUUUCAUCCGACCACAGAACUUUCCUCCAGAAGGUCUUAUCUUUGUCCAUGUGAUCAGCAGCAAACUUUAGACGAGCCUUAAGUGUCGCUUCUGGCAUGGUAGCCUCUCAGUCCAUGGCGAUGCAAAACACGCUUGAGUGUGGACACUGACACCUGUGUUCCAGCAGCUUCCAAUUCAUUGCAGAUCUGCUUUUUGGUGGUUCUCGGUUGACUCUUGAUCGUCCUGACCAAUUUUGUCUCAGCAGCAGGUGAUAGCUUGCGUUUUCUUCCUGAUUGUGGCAGUGACAAAACUGUGCCAUGCACUUUAUACUUGGGAACAAUUGUCUGCACAGUUGCUCUUGGGACUUUAAGCUGCUUUGAAAUGGCUCCAAGUGACUUACUUUCCUGACUUGUAUUCUAAUUUAACACAAAGAAUGCUGAACAAGACGAUACGGAAACUAACCCAUUUUUCAAUAUGGACCACAAAGACCUCAAAGAUGUGGAAUUAGAGAAUGAUACACGCACUGGUGUGUACGAGUCGUCAGGGAGUAAGAGGACAUUUACCAUUUGAAAGUGUUGUGUUGAGUUCAGUGACGUGCGGUGAGGUUCAUGACUGGUGAGGCACUGAAUUCAUCACAGUCAGAUUUACAAACAUAUGAACCCUAAAGAGUAUCUUAUUCACCAUUUAAUUGGCAGCAGUUAACGGGUUAUGUUUAAAAGCUCAUACCAGCAUUCUUCCCUGCUUGGCACUCAGCAUCAAGGGUUGGAAUUGGGGGUUAAAUCACCAAAAAUGAUUCCCGGGCGCCGCGCCGCUGCUGCCCACUGCUCCCCUCACCUCCCAGGGGGUGAUCAAGGGAUGGGUCAAAUGCAGAGGACAAAUUUCACCACACCUAGUGUGUGUGUGACAAUCAUUGGUACUUUAACUUAACUUUAACUUUACACAUACAAACUGUAGCACACAAAAAAGCACAUUUAAUAAAAAAAAAACGUUAUUAUGGUCUUACCUUUACUUAUAAGUGCGGAAACAGUGGUGUUCGUGUUGGAAGAGUUGUGAAUGAACGAAAUAUGAAAUCCGUGCUGCAGUCUGCAGGUGUACCUAAUGUUGUGUCCCUGUUCACGGCUCCUCCGGCGCGAGCAUUGUUGUUUUUGCACUUUUUGGCUUCUUGUUAAGUGACUUUUUUGGGGUGGAUUCUGUCUUGCACGUGGAGGGUUUGGGUGUGGGCUUUUUUUGGUGUGGCGCUCCCGUCAAGGGUGCAUUCUACGACGGGAGUGCUUUAACCGGCACAAGGAGGCGGGGUUACUGCGAGCCUCCCACAGUGCGUCUUCGCAGCAGUUUUAUGAUUGCUCAGCACAAGAAAUACUUUACACACAUACAGUUGUUGACAAAAUACACUGUGCAUUAUAUACCUCAGCUAACUAAACUAUGGAAAUGUAUAAUAUAAUUCAUAUAGUAAUACGGUCUCACUGCACAGCAGGCCAGCAGUUAGCCGAGUCCGCAAUCCAUCACCGCACCGUCUCUUCUCAGCAUUUGAACGGCAAAUGUGAAAAUUCAGCGAUUUUGAAUAAAAAUAAUCUAAAACUGGUGAAGUUGAAUGGAAAAUAACUUUAUAUAAUAAUCACUGAAUACAUAUAACAAUUUAAUUAAUUUUUUUUCUUUUUACAUUUUUUUUCUUUCCAUGGUGGCAGGUGAGGCCCCGCCUAAAUAAAGAGACAUUAAUGACCGGGGAAAAGUUGAAGCAAAUAUACAUGAAUUAUCGGGCUUCAUUUGAGAAGCGAGGUCUGGGUGCUGUUGAUAUCUGCACAAAUAUGUAGCUGCAUCAUCGUCCUUCAGGCCUGCUAGCCUGCAUCUGUUGUUUUGAGACAUUGUUGUGUAUUUUGGUAGGUCUAGUAGUCCCUUGAAGGGAAUGACGUCUCCGGAUGUAACCUCAAGUUCAAGGUAUCUUCAUCCUGACAAAGAAAAACCUCAUCGAUGGCACUCAAGCGUCUCCCUCUUCACCCUUAGACUCGUGAGGACUUGUUGACCACGGACUCUCUGCUAUAAAGAAAGUAAAGAAUCCUUCAUCGGAAAUCCCUUACGUACGCAACCGACAGACUUUUGCGGUAGUGAGACCAACGCUGUAACAUUGACCUGUGACAUGUUUUAUUAAAUGCUUGUUAAAUCUUCCAGAAGACCCGACCUCUUGACUGUUCAACAAAAAAACUUGUGUAGAGUCUCUAACGUUAAACACAAAAAGCGUACCCUGGUGCUAACUAUAACAACAUGGAGUAUUUGUUGGAAGAAUUCAACAAACCUUUUAAAUGGAUCGCUAACUCAGAAACAUGGACUGGCGCUGAAAAAUGAAUAGAUUUUGACUUGGGAGGAUACGGACUGAACUACAUCAACAGAAACAACAAACGUAGAGGAGUAGCGAAGUACGUGAAUUACAAAGUGGCGAAAAAAAGUGCAUAGAAACACCAAUCAGAAGUGCACAGUGUGUUCCCAGGUGCAGCCCACACCUAUCAGUUUAUGGUUUGCGUAAAGGCUAACUUGUUAUUUUCCUUUGUAAUCUCUGCCUACUGAGCCUAUGGUGCUGUUAAGUUAUUGUGGCUCAAUUUGCCUUAAUUUUUUUUAUGUUAAUGUAUUAUUAUUUAAUAUAUAUUAUUGUUUUAGUUGCUUAAGAGAUAUUCCUGGCUCUGAAUUUGCUCAUUGCUAUUUUUAUGUUUUUGUGCAUUAUCUGUUGCCGUCAUCAUUAAACGAACAGGUUACUCAUCAGUUACUCAGUACUUGAGUAGUUUUUUCACAACAUACUUUUUACUUCUACUCAAGUAAAUAUUUGGGUGACUACUCCUUACUUUUACUUGAGUAAUACAUCUCUAAAGUAACAGUACUCUUACUUGAGUACAAUUUCUGGCUACU